UGGGCUUGUCCAUUUCCAUUACUGGUUCUAAGUAGACUUAAAAAGUAAAUUAUGACACUCCGCGUCAUUUUGACAUGAAAUACAAACAUAAAGAGGACCACUCAGGUCAUAACACAGUUUGAGUCACUAUAAACCAACCAGUUGGAUGGAGUCCCAUACUCACUGCGUCUUGAACGUGUUCAGAAAACAGGUGCAAAAGCAAUUAAACUAAAAGUCAUGUCCUGUACAUCAAUCCGGAUCCUUAUACCGUGUUGGUCAAACUGUCAGUCCGCCGGGAUAAAGUUCAAGUUUCGUCCUCUGCUGUUCUCCGCCGCUCCGUCUCCUCCUUGUUGAUAAAGUCCAUUGCCUCACUGUGAUCGGUAAACUUCAUCCUUUUCCCCUUCCAUGUAAAGCGCAGUUCGGCCGGGUAUGCAAGCGUGAAGCGCACAUCCAGAUUGUGCAGCCGGUUUCUGGCAUCCGUGAAGUUUCUCCUCUUCUCCGCCGUCUCUUUUGUCAUGUCGGGGAAAAAUGACAGCUUGCAGCCCCCCCAGAUUACACUCUCCUUUUUCCUGUAUUUCUCCCUUGCAGCAGACAAUACUCGUUCCCUCUCUAGGAAACUUAGAAACCGCAUGAUAAUGGGUCUGGGUGGCCGGCCUUCUUCGGGCAUUGGUACUGGGGCACGGUGCACUCGCUGCAGCUGUGAUCCGUCCAAAUCAAUCCCCAGGGCCUCGGAGAUUAUUUUCUUCACACAGUCUGCCGGGUUUCUACCUUCAAUCUUUUCUUUCAGACCGACGAGCCGCAGAUUUUGGCGUCUGUCUCUGUUGGCAGCGUCUUCAACGGCCCGGUGUAAUUCCUCACACUUUUUAGCACUUUUAUCCGCUGUUUGGCGGAGCUGGUGGUUCUCAUCCUCUAACACAGAGAUGCGGCUUUCUGCUUCAUCCAACCGGGUUAAUAUUGCGUUGACAUCUGUUCUCAGACCGGCACUGGCCUCCUUAAUAUCCGUCAUGUCUGCCUGCAAAGCCACCAAGAGUUUCCCGACUUGUCCCAUCUCUUCUGUAGCUUUCUCCAGGGACUGUUGCAUAGCAGCCAAGACGCCUCCGCCAUUGAACUCUCCUUUACCGGUUCCCGUCGUGGUGCCCGCGUCGUCCGCUAGCUUAGCGCUAGCCCCGCUAGCUAGCGGGAUAUUAGCGCCAUGUUUUGUUGCUCUAGUUUCCAUAAGACACGAAUUACCAGAGCGCCCAACGUAGUUUAACUGUUAAACUAUCGCUUCACAAAGCUUAGAGUACGACCUGUCAGAUUCAACUAGCGAAUUUGGGGUAAAUCGGUGGGUUAAUCGGGACGUCUCCAACUAGGCGACCAUCCUGCUCGGUGACAUCACGUGACCGUCCCAGAAUCCCUUUCUUGAUGUGGGCAAUGUAAUCUGAUGUCUCAAACAGUGCAGACCAAAGAAAAGUCCUCGACCUGAUUACAUUGGUGGCCGUUAAUUGAAAACUUUUACUACGUCUGACUAAAUUAGAUUGCUGCCGAUGUCCCUGUCUGUCAUAUGUUUUGUUUGAUUUUUCUUUAAAUGGCUUUUAUUUUGCUUGUAUUGUUUUACUGUGUUUUUUACAUUUUUAAAACAUUUCCUUUAAUAGUUGCUAUUCCUUUAACUGUUUUACUGUUUUGUUGCUUUUGUUGUUUGAUGGUGUAACUGUGACUUGACUUGUGUAACUGCUGCACAACAAAUUGCCCGGGUCGUUGGGGUCAAAUCCAGAAUUCAGUGGCAGAAUUAAAGAUCUUUUCUGAUCCCCUAGGAGAAACUAGAAAGUGUUGGUGGUCUGAAUUGACCCUGCUGCCAUUAAGACCUAAAUCUGGACAUUGAUGUUGUAUGCUUUUCAUGUUGUACAUUUCUCCAGUAAUGUAACUUAACGGAAAGUCUGGGGAUCAAGGGAUCCUGGUGGUAAAAUCCCAUCAGUCUCAGCUCUGCUUUGCUUUUCACGGUGAUCGACAGAUUUUACGACCCAAUAUUCUAAAACUACCGUGCAGAAAGCUAAAAACUAUCGGCCUGUGAAAAUAGUUUUGUUGACAUUAUGAGUAUGCUGUUGACACAUUUCUAGGUUUCUAAUGACAAAGCUGCUAGCAUGUCUGCAGAUUCUUGAUCUUGUUUCAGCCUCAUGUCCAACUACAUGGAAUUGAGACUUUGAGGUUCAAGUUUUUCAUGAUUGCUCUUCCAUCACUGCCUCUGUUUUUAUCUUUGUCUUUUGCUACAGAAAUGUAAACACAGCAAUGGAGUGAGAUGUCGGACCUCUGAGGAGGAUAUGGAUGGUUCAGCAACAACAGCAAAAAGAGAUAAAUCACUGAGUUGUGAGCAAUGUGGCAAGACUUUUAUCACAGCAACAAAGCUAAGAAUUCACAAACAUAUUCGCACUGUGGAAAAACCAUUCAGCUGUGAUCAGUGUGGAAAGCCUUUUACUCAGAAGAGUCUGUUAAAAAGACAUCAGCUCAUUCACAGUGGAGUUAAACCAUUCAGCUGUGAUCAGUGUGGAAAGGCUUUUACUCAGAAGAGUGAUCUAACUAGUCAUCAACUCAUUCACAGUGGAGUGAAACCAUUCAGCUGUGAUCAGUGUGGAAAGGCUUUUACGAAGAAGAGUAAUCUGGCAAGUCAUCAACGAAUGCACAGUGGAGUUAAACCAUUCAACUGUGAUCAGUGUGGAAUGGCUUUUACUCAGAAGAGUCAUCUAGAAAAUCAUCAACUCAUUCACAGUGGAGUUAAACCAUUCAACUGUAAUCAGUGUGGAAAGGCUUUUACUACCAAGACUCUGUUACAAAGACAUCAACUCAUUCACAGUGGAGUUAAACCAUUCAACUGUGAUCAGUGUGGAAAGGCUUUUACUCAGAAGAGUAUGUUAAAAAGACAUAAACUCUUUCACAGUGGAGAUAAACCAUUCAGCUGUGAUCAGUGUGGAAAGACUUUUACUCUGAAGAGUGAUCUAACAUGUCAUCAACUCAUUCACAGUGGAGUUAAACCAUUCAGCUGUGAUCAGUGUGGAAAGGCUUUUACUAAGAAGAGUAACUUAGCAAGUCAUCAACAAAUGCACAGUGGAGUUAAACCAUUCAACUGUGAUCGGUGUGGAAUGGCUUUUACUCAGAAGAGUCAUCUAGUAAAUCAUCAACUCAUUCACAGUGGAGUUAAACCAUUCAACUGUGAUCAGUGUGGAAAGGCUUUUACUCAGAAGAGUAAUCUAACAAGACAUCAACUCAUUCACAGUGGAGUUAAACCACUCAACUGUGAUCAGUGUGUGAAAACCUUUACUCAACAUGAACAGUUGUUGAUCCAUCAAUGCCCCCAUUCUGGUAGAAAGCGAUACCACUGUGACUCCUGUGAAAAAACUUUCAACGACCAACAGAGCUUAAAAUGUCACCAACGCAUCCACACUGGACAUAAUGUGUACCGAUGUGAUUACUGUGGCAAACCAUUUGUACGGUACUCAAAGUUAAAAGCUCAUGAAGUGACCCACACUGGGGCUAAACCAUACCUUUGUCACCAGUGUGGGAAGUCCUACAGCUACAUUACAUACCUCAAAGUUCACCAACGUGUCCACACUGGGGAGAGACCAUACAGAUGUGACGAGUGUAAGAAGACUUUUACAACUUUGGGUUCCCUGAAACAACACCAGCAGAUCCACACCAGAAAGAAAGCAUUCAAUCAAUGUCACAGUGGCAGAACAGAACAGAUGGACUAAAGUCUCAGACUUGUCAGCACUCUGCCAAUGCUGAACAGUGCUGCUUUGACCAGUCUGGACCGACGUCCAAUCAACAAGGAACCCGACAACGACACCAGCGUAUGCACACUGGACACAGACUGAACCUCUGCCAAGAAGAUUUCUCCAUGCAGGGUUCAGUAAAAGUUCAUGAAGUCCUCCACAAACUUAAAGUCCUUGAGAUCCGGCUUCACAGAAUUCAGGUCUAAUUUUUUGUUUGGUGUCUUCGUUGCUUUGUUGCAAAAUCCAUUAAGAGGAAAGCUGUCGUUAACAGACAUGACUGUUAAUUAAACCCUUCAAAGUGGUUAGUCAGUUAAAUGAAUUAUCAGUGGUAGAGGGAUAGACGUCUGGAUGGAGGCAGUGAGCAGCAGGGCAAAUUUCCUCGAUUACCAGCUUAAUCGUUCCUCAGAUCCCUCUGGGCUGCAGGAACCCGUUAGAUGCAGAGCUGGUUCAGUGAUUCUCUGAUGAUUGAUCAUAAUUAAUUUAGGAGAUUACUGGCCUUAGGAUUCAUGUCUGUCUGUAGCAAGUAGAUCAACUAAUCUCUGAUUAUGUGUGAGUUGAAAUAUAAAAACAUGAAGUGUUCUAUAAAAAGUCCAAUCUUUGAAAGCUGA